UCGUAGCAUUAUAGAAGCGUAAAAACGUUUACUCCUCCCUUCACCGCCCAGCAUUGACCCCACCGAACGGUGUAGUCGUUGUAGUCGUACACGCUACACACACGCGCGCGCGAACCGCGACCCACAAUCUCCGUCGGCGGAGGCGUUUGGCGUCAUCGGCGGCGGCGGUGGCGGCGGCGACGGCAGUAAAUGGUAAACACCGUGUUAUCAAUGUCAAGGACUGCCAUUAUCACACGCACACACGCGCACACGUACGCACAUACACAACAACAAAACAGAAGCGGAGUUAUUGAUUAUUUUCGGCCAGUAACAACUCUUUAAUAUUAUUAUUUUCGUUUCGGUUCCCUGUAAUCGUUUUGUUGAUUUUUUUUUUUUUUUACUGACCAUUUAGUUUUUUUAUUUUUAUUUAUUUUUUUUCUUACUCCUACCCCAUCGAAAACAUUUCGCCUGGUUUACUCGUCAAAACGAGUGAAUGGACGUUCGCGGGGGGGCCGGCCGUCUGCGUUUUCCGUUUGCGCGUUCGGAGGUAUGACGACGACGACGACGGUGACGAUGACGGCGGUACGCGACGACUAGGACGACGAUAUAUCCGCGACUUCGACGGCGUUCCGCGGGUCCACAGUGUUGGUGGAUGCCACUCGUCGACGUACGCGUUGGAAACAGGAGCCGGAGCGCCGCCGUGUCUGAAUGGAGAUAACUAGUGGUACAGUGUGACUUGUAUUCUAUCUCUGGAGUUGGAUUUUUCCCCCUGCCACAUUAACUCUGUUUUACGAUAAUCAAAUUUUUAAUAGCUCAAAAAUAAGAAAUAUCACACUGUAUUAUGUUGCCUAAUACAAUUGCUGUAUCAUCUACUUUGCCUAGAGUUAAAAAUAAAACAUAUAAUGAAAACGAUGAAAACAUUUCAUGUUCAAAGCCAGUAGUUUUUCAAAAAGAUCGUAAAAGUUGGCCUUUAGCACAAGUGAUGGAAUGUGUUGAUCUUGAAACAGUGUCACACAUAUCAUCUUUAGAAUCUGAAAAGGAAACCAAUGCUAUAGACCCAAUUACUUCUUCUCUCAAUAGUUGUGUGACAGUUCUUCAGACAGCUAAUUUACAGUCUGAAUGUAUUAACAAAUUAUGUUUAGAUGAUCAACCAAGUAAUGUCUUAAAAAUUGUCUUGCCUCUAGUCAGUGAAAGUGUGCCAUUGAAUAAUCAUUCAAUAGCAAUUGAUCACAAUCAGUUUUUACAAGAAGAAAGUCCUGUUGUUUCAAGCAAUAAUUAUGUUCAAUGUUUUCCAGAAGAAUGUGAAGAUAUACCAACUCAUGUAAAUAAAUACGUAAAUAAUAGAAAUCAUUCUUUAACCGAAGACAACGAACUAAAUCGAUUUAGUUCAACAUUUGAAGACAUAAAAACUUUACUUAAAGAAGGUCUAGUGGAUGGUCUAGAUGAAAUGCCACCAGACUUUCAGCCCCCACAACCACCUUUACUUUACAGAGUUUCUUCGUUACCAAAUCUAAGUCAUGAUAGUUCUAAAAAUCAUCAUUCGUGUUCAUACUUAACUAUGUGUGCAACUAAACACGAAUUAUUUAUGAAUAAACUUUGCAAAAAUAUUGUUGCCAAACAUGACAUGUCUGUGCAAGUAUCAACCGAAUUAUUUAAACAUCAAAAUCAAAAAGUUUAUGUUGACACAAGCUGCCAAACUGAAGAUAUUUUUGUUAAUUGUCAAGUGAAUAAUGAAAUUAUGACCCAGAAAAUUGAUCAAAAUGAUGAUCAUAAAAAUAGUAAUGUUUUUAAGAAAGAACACAAAAUGAAUAUCAACGAUAAAAAUGAAAUUAAAAGUAACAUUGAAGAAAACUGUACCAGUAUUGGUUAUACAAAUAUUAAUAUUAAUAAAAAUCAUGAACACGAUAUUGCUAUAGAAAAGGACUUAACGGGCAUUGAUUACACAAACAUUAAUGUAUUUAAUAAAGAACUUCAAACUAACGCAGAAAAAGACUGUACCGACAUAGAUUACACAAAUGUUAAUGUUAUCAACUCUGAACAUGAAAUUAAAACUAAUGAAGAAGAGGACUGUGCUAGUUUUGGCUAUUCAGAUGUUAACACAUUGAACACAGAAAAUGAAGUUAAUGCCAAUGGAGAGGACUGUACCAGUAUUGGUUAUAUCAAUAUUAAUGUUUUCAAUAAAGAUAAUAUAAUAACUAAUAAUGAUGAUGGUUUUACUAAUGUUAGCUAUACCAAAAUCACUACUUUUAGCAAUGCAUGUGAAACUAAACCCAAUGAAAAUUGUAUUAACAUAGAUUAUACAAAUAUGAAUGUAGUUGAGAAUGGAAAUGAAAUUAGUGUUAAUGAAGAUGGCAAUUUGAAAAUUGGUUAUACUGGUAUUAAUAUGUUCGAUAAAGGACUUGAAGGUAUAAAUGGAGAGGACUGUGUUGAUAAUGGUUAUACAAAUUUUAGUUUGUAUGAUAAAGGACUUGACAUUGAUUCUAAUGAUGAUUGUGAAAAUUAUGCUAAUGCUAACAUAUUAGAAGAAUUUGUGAAUGAACAAAUAAGCCUUAACAAUACUGAUGGAGAUUUUGAUUCGUUUUUAUUUGGACCACUGCCUCCAUCACCUAUUGAAGAAACUGUUUCAGAGCUACCUAUAUUAAAUGGUGUUGAAACUAAAAGAGAAAACUCUGCACCUGUACCUUUCAUAUUUAAUGCUCACAAAAAUGAACCGAGUACUUCAAUAAUCAAAUCUCGAUCAAUAGACGCUGAAUUUUCUCAUAAUUUUCAACAACAUCAAAAAAUUGGAACACGAUCUGUGCAGUCAGAAAGAAGAACUUAUCCAUCAGAAGUACCCGUUUCUGAUGGAUACCCAAAACCAUUGAUGCUUAAAAGUAGUAUUCAUCCUAGUACUAUUGAAAAAUUAUCAGACAUUUCUAGCUCAUUGCCAGAUACACCACUAUUAGGAAGAUGUGAUUUUCCACGUCAGUAUUCGGCCACUGGUACUAAAACAAUGACUCAAAUGUCAAAUAGUAUGAGCAUUAAUAUGAGGGGUGCUGGUCAUGGUUCUAGCAUUGGUUUGGGUCAAGCAAUGGCUGGUGCAGAAUUAUUGCACUUAAAUGGACCUGGUAGGGGAUGGUAUCCACGGCAGCGACAGUUCCGCCCUGUGUCAGUUGAACAACUUGAUAAAUUGGCUAGCAAAAGCCCUGUGGGUCACUCACAAUGGGAUUCUCGAGAAGGCCACAAACCUGUUACAUUACCCCCUAACCUUACACCAAAAUUUUUCCACAGGUCUCCCAGAGAAGCGCUACGACGUGUCACAAGUUUACUUAUUAGAAAGGGUAAUACUAACAAAAGUAACAAAUCUAAAACUGUAUUCUCGUCUUCAGUGAUUGGACCACACGGAGAUAUAAGUGAAGAAUGUGUGACCAGUCAAUCAAAACGGGGAUUUUUCAAAAGCUUAUGGAGAAAAUAAGACUUCUUAUAACGUGCAAUCAAAUUUUGUGGCCAUAUAUCUUAAUUUAUUUAUUAUUUAAUUUAUCACUACUCUGUCUUCAAAUCUAUGUUUAACCUUGUGUUUACUUUACUAACUUUUACUAUAUAAUUUUUUAUAUGUUUUUUCUAUGUAAUGAAUUU